AUGGAGCAGUGCAGCGCCAGGCACCCGGGAUGGACACGGCGCCUAGACUACGCUGAGCCCGCUGCCCGCAUCUCCGUCACGCGAUUUCUGUUUCCAGAAGCGCUGCAGCCACGCGCAGCCGCGACCCCGCGUUGCUCAGCGGUCCGGUCCCUGCUGAGCCCACGGCCCCGAGCCCACGGCCCCGCGGGCGGCCCGUACCGGCUGCCCUGGUAUCAGGCCCAGGUCUCGCUCACGGGAGGCCUGCGACACCGAAGGCGGUUCCCUCCCGGCUCACGCGGAUCCCGGCCUCGUCAACACUGGGUGUGGCCGUGGCUUCUGCCAGUUCAGGCCGAGUGCGCGGAGUUGGGAUAUAAAGUGGCUGAAGAAAAGGGUGUGUCCUCUUCCAAGUCUUCAAUUUUAAACAUUGAAAGAAAUGAUGUCUUAAGAGAAGCUGAAAUUUUACACAAAGCUAGAUUUAGUUACAUUCUUCCAAUUUUGGGAAUUUGCAAUGAGCCUGAAUUUUUGGGAAUAGUUACUGAAUACAUGCCAAAUGGAUCAUUAAAUGAACUCCUACAUAGGAAAACAGAAUAUCCGGAAGUCGCCUGGCCGCUGAGAUUUCGCAUCCUGCAUGAAAUCGCACUGGGCGUGAACUACCUGCAUAAUAUGAACCCUCCUCUACUGCAUCAUGACCUGAAGACUCAGAAUAUCUUACUGGAUAAUGAAUUUCAUGUUAAGAUCGCAGAUUUUGGUUUAUCGAAGUGGCGCAUGAUGUCCCUGUCACAGUCGCGGAAUAGUAAGGCUGCCCCGGAAGGCGGGACCAUCAUCUACAUGCCGCCCGAGAACUACGAGCCGGGGCAGAAGGCGAGGGCCAGCGUCAAGCAUGACAUAUACAGCUAUGCAGUCAUCAUGUGGGAAGUCUUAUCCAGAAAACAGCCUUUUGAGGAUGUCACCAACCCUUUGCAAAUUAUGUACAGUGUGUCACAAGGACACCGACCCGACACCAGUGAAGAGAGCCUGCCACCUAGUACCCCUCAUCGAGCGCGGAUGGUCUCACUCAUCGAAGGCGGAUGGGCACAGAACCCGGAUGAACGGCCAUCCUUCCUCAAAUGUUUAAUAGAACUUGAGCCAGUCCUGAGAACAUAUGAAGAGAUAAGUUUUCUUGAAGCUGUUUUGCAACUAAAGAAAACAAAGGUGCAGAGCGCUCUGAGUGCUGUCCACUUAUGUGACAAGACAUCGGAGGCAUCUCUGAACCUCUCUCUAAAUCACGGUCCACAAGAGGAAUCCUGUGGAUCUUCUCAGUGUCAUAAAAAUAGCGGCUCUCCCGGAACCGCCAGAUCCCUGUGCGCUCCUCAGCACGAUGGCCUUGUGUCCGGAAAAACCCCGGACCUCUCCACCCUGCUUCCCCGCCCGGCCAAUCACAGCUGGGAUGACGUGUCUGCGGCUCAGACGGCCCUGAUCUGUGACCACGAGACUGCCCCGCGCUCAUUGGCAGUACACCCCCUCUCCGCCGAGGGGAACUCAGAGCGAUCGCAGCCUGGGGUGGCCCAGCAGUGGAUCCAGAGCAAAAGGGAGGAUGUCGUGAGCCAGAUGACCGAGGCCUGCCUCAACCAGGCGCUGGACGCCCUGCUGUCCCGGGACCUGAUCAUGAAGGAGGACUACGAGCUCAUCAGCACCAAACCCACGAGGACCGCCAAAGUCAGGCAGUUACUGGACACCACUGACAUCCAGGGGGAGGAAUUUGCCAGAGUCAUAGUGCAGAAGCUGAAGGACAACAAGCAGAUGGGCCUCCAGCCCUACCCGGAAAUACUGCCGGCUUCUCGGUCGCCAUCGUUACUCUUAUUUCACAAUAAAAGCUUAUAGGGGACUCUUUUUCAAGAACAGUCAGCUUAUUAAAAGGUAAAACAAUACAAAGUAUAUAAAGAAAAAUAUUGAUCUUUCAACAUAUGUUUCUACCUCCAUUUCUGACCUCAGCCAACAACCUGGGCAUGGACAGGUGCUGGUUCUUGCCUCCUCCCGGAGCAACCUCCUCGCCCAUCCUUCUUAACUGCUGCGUAAUACCACCAGGGCACCUAUUUUCUUUUCCCUUUUUUUAAUGUGUUUUAUAGAUUUUUAGAGCGGAAGGGAGAGAGAUAGAGAAAUAGCAACAUUGAUGAGAGAGAACCAUCGAUUGGCUGCCUCCUGCACGCCCCCUACUGGGGAUCGAGCCUACAACCCCGGCAUGUGCCCUGACCUCUUGAUUCCUGGGUUGAUGCUCAACCACUGAGCCACACUGGCUGGUCGGCUUUUUAAUUUUUUUUUUUAAGAUAUAGUGUGAGUUCUUUUUUGGUUAAUUGGGUUAUGUCACUAAGUGAAAAUGUACAAGGAAUAAUGCCCUUUUCUGAAAAUGUUUAUCAGCAAUGUCAGCAAACAGUGUGAAACAGGACAAAUUCGAAAGCACCACACCCACAGUGUGAAAAAAUGAGGAAAAGCAGAAAUGACUGAUGGCGUUGAGGCAACAAAGUAUUUUAUUAAAAUUAUAAGAGUGUGUA